AUGGAUUGCAGAUAUCUUGUUAUCCAAGACGAAGCCUCCAGCCCUGCACUUGAUGAUCUUGUGACGUCCGCCUUAAUCACAAAAGGAACAAGUGAUGACCACCCUACUCCUAGAAAGUCCCCUCAACCGUUAUCGUCGAGACAAAACGAAAAGGAUGGUGUUACAUACGCUUCAGUUCCUACUGUACCAUUCGAUGAGCUCGACGACACAGACGAAGGUGGACGACCUUUGCAAUCAACCAAAGCCUUAACAGGAGCCGAAUCACGAGAUCUACUGCCUGCCGUCGACAUUGGGUCUGGCACCAAAUUGCAGUGUCUUCUCACAAUAGCCCUAGGCGUAGCGUGCUUUUUGGCCUGUAUUAUCUGCAGCAUUGGCUUCUGGACCAAGUCCACUGGACCUCCAUUAGUGUACCUGCCCAAAGGCUUACCCGGCGAGGCGCUCUCCUUCAUCGUCAACAUCAUCCUUACGCAAUGUCUGGAAGGCUUAGCGUAUGUCCAUUCAGUAUCACUUCGCUGGGCACUUCUAAAGGAGAAUCGACUCGUAUUCAACACCAACAUUCGCUUAGCCGCCAACUCGAGGCUCUCUCGGCCUAAUAGCUGGUACAUCAAUUCCAUCUCAGCGACACUUCUAAUUCUUUGCUAUGCGGCCACUUCAAUGCUUGUUAUGCCUCGGGUCGACUCGGACGAAGGCAUACACCACGAAUCACACAUUAACUUGAUCGCCUUGUUGGCACUUGGACUCGCUCUGUUCGGCCAAACAUUGCUCGCCUUCUGGUGCUACUAUAACAAUCUUCGUGACAUUCCCUCCUGGAGCUCAAACCCACUGAAUACUACACUAACUAUUCUAAAUCAGCAGCUCGUGCAACAUAGAGAAGGCCGCUGUAUAGACCCGGUUCAAAUUCGAGACACACCAGACGAAAGACCAAUGCUCCCGCGUAAACAGCAGCCGAGUCAAUGGCAAGUCAGCACUUCCGCAAGGAACGCUAUUAUAUUCAUCUGGAUCCUGACUGGGUUGUCUUUCGUCUGGUUCUUGACCAUAGUCCUUGUCGCACGAGCCAACAUGAUAGGUGCAAUCAAUAAAGUCAACCAUCUGCCCAAUGCGAAAUGGCAUUUCUCAUUGGCUUGGGAUCCUUCAGGAAAUCCCAUUGUUGGGGAAACAGGAGCAACGACCUAUUUCAAUGCGGUUUUCUUCAGUCUUGAUUAUGUCGAGCAAAUCCAAUCAAUGUCUUUCGUUGCUGCUCUUAUCGUCGGUCUUCUGUUUGUCUGCAUAAUACAAGGAUUGCAAACUCUUGGGCUCCACUGUGCAGAGCUCAUUGUCAAUUUAUCUCGAGAUGAAGAUGUAUGGAGAGCUCUCGAUGCUCAAGACGGGUCUGGCGCCAAAAACCAUGUUCUCAAGAACCCGCCCAUCCUAGCUGCCCUGAUGAGCUGGAAGUACCUCACGCUCCUAAUCUUCAAAUCCCUUCUGCAUUGGCUGCUCGGCCAAUCAUCCCAGCCUUCCUUCGAUUAUAUUGUCGACAGCCGAGUUUGGUUCACCAUGAACUACGCUCGUUUAUUCGUUUACGUCAUCUGCGCCGCUGCCUUUGCUUCAGCUCUUACCUUUCUUACGUUCAUGAAGCCGAAGGGCCCCCAGCCGGCAACGUACGGCCAUAUACAAACUAUUGCAGACUUAAUUGACGACUGGACUUUGAAUGAAAAUGGACGAUUUUGGUGGGGAGAUAAAGGUUGCACAGAAGGAGUUCGGCACGCGGGGAUGAGUUCUAAGAAAACAGGUCUCGGACAGAUACAGAUGAAUACUCCUUACGCUGGUGAACUUAGUAGGAGAUUUAUUGGCAGCACGAAGUUCAUUAACAAGAAAUAUUCUUAG